AAAUACUUUGAACAACAAUACGUUUCAAAUUCAUCGUAACCGCCUUAUUCAAAUCCAAGCAGGCUUAGUUUGUCAAUAAUAAUAAAGGCCCGAUCACUCGAGUCCGAUAAUUCGCUGAGAGCAGUUCGAGUCGCGUGUACUGUAUUAAAAAUACAGUUUUUGCAGUAGAUGUGCUCGUGAACUCGCGAUUCAUUUUUUUAAUUUUUUGGCCCUUUAAAGAAGAAGAAAACUUUGCUCUAUCACCAUGCCACGUGGACGUCGUAAAAGGAAUGCAGCGCCUCGUCGUCAACGAAACACGACACCUCGUCGUCGACGAAAUCCUCGUCCUCCAAGAACGGCUUACUUGGCUCAGCCGGAUCUCGAUCAGGGCAUGCCCGAGCUGUGUCUGGCGAAGAUCCUGGAAAAUCUACCCAUCAAAAAUCGACUGGUUUACGAAAGAGUCAACUCGCGAUGGCGGGACGCGGUACGCAGGUCGUUCGAACGAGUGUCGUCGCAGCAACUGCACGAAUUCCUGGAGUUCUGCCAGCAGAACCCUCGACUGAACGUGAAAAAGAUGCUCGACACGAUAGAACUGUGCGCGAAACAUAUGCCCGUCGUCGUCUUCAAGACCACCUUCGGCAAGGAGAUAGACGCGGAGAUCUUGGAGAUAUUGGCACACAAGGACAUGAGCUUUACGAGUCUGACGCUCGACGUGAACGAUAUCGAUGAGAACGCGAAAUAUUUGAAGUCGCUGCUUUCCAAGGGCAGCCUCCGAGAGCUGGACGUGACGUUGGACGAGUGGGACCUGUACACACUGAGCAUAAGAGCCAUAAAAUCGGUCUCCCCGAGGCUGAGACGCCUGUCGUUGACCAUAAGAGAGCCCAUCGUGUCGAAUAACGUUGCCCGAUACGAGAUGGAGGUCAUGUUCGAAAACCUGCCUCGGACCAUUACGCACUUGACGAUCAAGAGCCAAAAUGUUUUUGCUCUGCCGACUCUGUUCAAAAAGCUCGGUAAAUUCACGAAGCUCGAGGAACUGGAGCUCGACUCGCUCGGCGAGAUUCACGAGCACAUCAGUCAUGCGCGCGACAAGACCGAAAAGAGCCUGAAAAAAUUGACGAGACUAAAGAGGCUGCAUCUCAGCGGAUUGAAGUCCGACUUCCAUAUAGGAUGCCUCUACCAUCUGAGGUCGCUGGAGUCGGUUAGGAUUCGAGGCUGUAGCCGUCGUUUGGGCUACGAGCAGGCCCGCGAGCGUUUUCGCGAGACGAUGUUGCGCUGCAACAAGAAACUCAAGGCGGAGAAUAUUUUUGUCGGCACGGGACUCAUCGACGAGGCCGAUGAUCCUGCCGCGGAGUAGAGACAGAAAAAUGUUUCGGUCGUUGCAACGAAAGUCUGUCAUUGACUCAAAAUUAUACAUUAUUAUAUAUGUUUAUGUAACAAAAAAAUUCGAUGCAUCGAUGUCGAUCGUCGUGCAUUGAUCAUUGCGAUUUUCCUGUGUCGUUGUAAUUUCUCUCAGGUAUUCAUAAAUCUAAGUCAAAGUUAGAUUCGUACAUUAGCAGUAAUGAAGUUAAGAUGUAUCAUGUAAAAAAGCUUUCGACUCUUUCUGCGAGAAAGAAAGAGUCUCGUAAUGUUUUUCAAAAUAUCUAUAUUGAAAAUCCAAGACUUUUUCGAGCUCUAUUUCGAAAAAGGAUCUUACAUAUAUUCCAAAACGACGUAGACCUAUUUAGCUCUUAUAUGUAGACAAAUGAAUUUGCAUAUCGUUGCUCGACAUAUAUUUUUACCAUUGGAAAAUUCAUCUCUGGCACGUAUGAAAUUUCUUUCUAAAAAUGUCGAUCGCUAUAGAUAUUCACAUUCGUUUUUUGUUCAUUUAAACUAGCCGUACCGAUCUAGUUUAAUAACGUUUUAUAGUUCGUUAAAUCUUGAAAUACGAUGUAUACGUAAUUUGUUACUGCGCAUUAUAUUUUGGUUUUAUUUAACCAAUUGUAUUAAUAGAUAAUUGAUCGUGACAAUCGAAA